AUGACCACCCAAUGGUCUUUAGAUUUCUGCCUUGUCUGUGACCAGCAGAUAUCAGGAAAUGAAGCAUAUUGCUCUCAGGGCUGUCGACUAGCCGACUUAGACCAGCAUUCUUCCACUUCUGCAUCUGCGUACCCCAGAGAAUCGCAGCUUCGUUCCGAGCGUCGCGAUAACCAAAUAACAUCGGCGCCUCCAUUAGCAGUAGCUGCCAGUCGUCGUCAGACAAUUGGAAAACACUUAUCAUCCCCUCGCCGUGGGUCUCUGGCUCAGACUAAUGCGGACUCGCAAUCAUCAUCUGUCGAAAGCUCGUCAUCUCUACUAGCGUCGCCGUCGAACCAGGUCAAACAUGAGUUGCAUGAUUAUACGGGGUAUUUUGACCAGGUUCGGGAUUGGAAAAGACGGUUAGUAGCUUCAUGA